AUGCUGGAAACAAGCGUGGAAGGCAUCACGUUCAUCGUCGUAGGAUGCGCCUUCAUGGCUGCAGUCGCAUCCACGGACAUGUUCGACGUAUCGACGGCUCUUGGGAAGGUGUCCGAUGCGCUUCUAGGAGCCGAGGACCGAGAGGACGAGGACGAGGACAAGGCGGCGGGGGAGAGGAGGACGAGGGUUCAGAAUCCUAUCACAGGGAGGUGGAUCCUGAAGGAAGGCUCGACAUACAACAAGUUGGUGAGGGAUGGGAUUCUGGUAGAAGGAGCAGGAGAGAGCAUAGACUGCGAGCCGCUGCAGCUGACGUGGACAUACCAGGAACUGCAGGCUGGGGAGGGCAUCGUUCCUAGGGAAGGGUCGGCUGCUGUCCUCCACUACAGCUCCAGGCUCUACGGUCGAGACGGGCCCCUCCUCUCCGCGUCUGUCCUCGACAUGAAAGAAGACGAGGACGCGCCGCGACCCUUCGUGUUCGAGGUGGGCGAUGCUUCAGUGAUCCCAGGGUUGAACGAGGCCAUCGUGACGAUGAGGGAGGGGUCGAGAGGAGUUCUAGUCCUCCCUCCUCACACCCACUAUACCUCCAAGAGGAAGGAGCCGAAGCCUCUGACCCGGCAAGGGAGGAAGAUACUCUCUCAGUUCCUGUCGAGGAAAGACCCUCCUCCUGUGCUAGUCAUGGAAAUCCACCUUCUCGGCGUCGCUGCAAUCCCUCCUGCGAUAAUGUCUCGGGACGGCUACGUCGAUCAGCAGACGCUGCAGAGUGCUCUCUACAGAGACAGCAGCGGGCACUACAGGCUGCGAGCUGAAACCGUAAAGGAGGAGGAGACGUCUUCGAGUUGA